AUGACUGCCCACAACCUUCGCUACCACGCAGUUGCCCAUCGCCUCACCCGCCUUCCACGAGAACUAGUGAUCAAAAUCCUCGACGAUCUCACCGUCAUCAAGGUCCUCGAGCUGAUUUCCAACCACGACAUACCCUAUGUGGAUGAUUGUGUCUUGAUGCACGCUGGCCUCAGGAAGAUCUUUCAAUCCGACUUGGGACUAAAGAGCGUCAAGGGGUGGUUCAAGCUCUACCUCAAGAUCUGUAGCGCCCGCCGUAGGGACCCACAUCCCCGCAUCCGUUAUCUCGACAAAGACCCCGAUACGACGCUCAUCGAGGUGGCAAAAUUUCAGCGCAAGCCGAAGGAAGAGAAAUAUGAAACAGUCGUGGUAUGGAUCCAAAGGGAGGUCAGGAAGGAGAUGCUCGCAUACAAGCCUUUCCUCCCCGUCCUCCGCACACAAUCCAAGACACCAAUCCCGGACCCAGACUUUUGGGACUUCACCUCGCUCGGCGAGGUCGAAAAGGUGUACGAAAUCAUUGACCAAGCGGAGGUUCUGCUGAACACGACCAAGAUCAACCAGUUGCAGAGAAUGGCGAAUUUGUUGGAACGCUAUCCGGGGGUCCUUAGGACCUGCUGCGAGAAGAGCCAGGGGGUGAAAAGGUCUUCGCACCGAGUGGAGUACUUGAGGCGAGAGGCUGCCCGCAUGCCUGUCCGGCAGAUCCUUGAUAAUCGGUGGGUUGCAAGGUCGAUCUUUGCUCAGCCACAGUUUUAUAUUAUCCCCCACGACCGAGUCCUGAGGACAUUCCUCAAAGUCCUUCAUCGAUUCCCUCCUUCGAAUGUUGAUAAACAGCUCUUUCUGGAGCCACCUGGGAUGGACAAAGACAAUGUGGAAGAAGACAAGAUGGAUGAAGACGACGAGAAAAAGUCAAUGGAUGAAGACGAGGAACGGAAGAAAAGAAAAAAGAUAAUGAAGGAGGAAAAGAGGAGACGCAGAGAAGCCAAGGCAAAGCGAACUCCUCACGCCUAUCCCGCCGCCCUCCGGUUCGUCCUUGAGCACUUCUACCAAACCUUCCCCCACCAGGAAGGUGAAAGGACGUCGGGUGUGCGCCAUCCUCGGGUUCUUUACACGAGGCUCUCCCUCCCAGAGUACAGAGAACGAGGGGGUGCGGUGCAGCCUAGCUUCUUCGUGGCACCCGAAUACCCAGACCUCAAGAAGAUGGCAAAGCACAAGAACAUUUCCCCGAUGCCUGAAGGGGAGUUCAAUUGGUUGGAGGCGUUCUUGAGCGUUUGUUCCUACAUAGCCCAGAUGACCGAGCCCUGGUCUCCUACUCAGACUGUAGGGCAGUACUGGUCCACUCACGUGUAG